AUGAAGCCGCCCGCCGCGCAGAGCAGCCCCGCGGCCGCCGCGGCGGCAGCCCCGGCCUUGGACUCGGCGGCCGCCGGGGACCUGACGGAUGCGCUGUGCGAGUUUGACGCGGUGCUGGCCGACUUCGCGUCGCCCUUCCACGAGCGCCACUUCCACUAUGAGGAGCACCUGGAGCGCAUGAAGCGGCGGAGCAGCGCCAGCGUGAGCGACAGCAGCGGCUUCAGCGACUCCGAGAGUGCAGAUUCGCUCUAUAGGAACAGCUUCAGCUUCAGUGAUGAAAAACUGAAUUCUCCAACAGACUCCGCUCCGGCUCUGCUCUCCCCAGCUGGCAGUCCUCGGAAAGCCAAACUAGGAGACACGAAAGAGCUAGAAGACUUUAUUGCUGAUCUGGACAGAACACUAGCAAGCAUGUGAAACCAGGAGAAGUUCUGGGUCCUUCCAUCAUAAGGAGAAGCUUUGGAAAGCUCAGGACCUGGUAAAAUCAGCGACGGAAUUUGCAGCCAGAGCAGAGAUGAGCGCUCAACUACCCCCGGGCCGCGCUCCGGCUCGUCCUAACACCAGCCUUUAAGAUCAUCUCUGGGCAAUUUAGACAGUGACACUGACUUGGUUUACCAGCUUGCAGCGUAUUAGAACGGAUGAUCCAUGCUAAUAUUCUGUUUUCUCUCGGAACUUAGCUUUCCCGUAAUUUAAAGUGCUUUUAUGAACAUAUUUGUAAUUAAUUAUAUAUAGUUGGAAACAGUCAUAUGCUUUUCCCCGUAUAAUAUAUUUUUGUAUGCAAAUAAAAUUUGAACUAGAGUCUGUAUUUUUGUAAA